AUGGGCUCAUUAAAAUCAUGCCAAGACAGCAGCUCUAGUUCAAGCGACAGUUCAUGUUCGCGAAGUACCGCGGCCACAAUGCACAGUCAAGGAUCAAGACCGCACGACCACGACCUCCCGGUCUCAAAUCAAAAACCAGCAGUCCCUUCGCAUCUCUAUUCAUACGAGCCAGUGCAUGCAACAAAAAUCCCCAGGCCCCGCUCUUCAACCUCCACUUACGCCUCAACCACCCAUUCGGUUGAUCUUCCCCAGGAAGAAUAUCAACAACAAUACAGCGUCACGGACCGCACAGAAUUCUACCCCCUUGACGCAAUCCCCUCAACACCCUCUUCCUUCGCCCCACUGUUCCCCUCUUCAAGGCGCCUACUCAUUCGCCAUGAUGACGCUACCGUCGAUGGAAACAUGAACCUGCGCGUCGACACCCCAGUCCAUAUCCGUGACGGCUCCCAGCGCGACAUCAUCCUCUUCCACCUGCGCAUGCAUGAUCUCCUCUCCCGCAAAUUCUCCUUCCGUCGCUACUGCCGAGACUCCGGCCGCGAAGUAUGCCACUCAGCGCGAAAGGAGGUCGUCUCGGCCGAGGAACGACGACCCCAACCCCAUCGGUCAUGGAGUACUGUCUUCAGCCGACGGCCCGGCUCAUCAUCUGGCGCAUCUGGGCCCGGGGAAUUAAAACGACAGGACUCCGGACUCUCCGUCGAAGAUCUAGAUAAAGUCAGUGAGGAAAGACCGAUUCUGGCAGAUACGAUCUUGCUGGAGUUUUCAAAUUACGCGCAUGUCGAGCUGCGGCGCAGGGGUGGCCCGACUAAAAAAUACGAGUUCGAGUACUGGUCUACCAAGUAUCAGUGGCGACGGGAGAUGCGUAAGGAAGGCGAUCUGCAGGAAGUCUCGUAUUUCCUGGUCGAGGCGCGAGGUGGCAAAACAGUUGCGCAUCUGGUCCCGGAUACCCUGGCGCCGCUGGAGGUCGUCGAGGAGGAAAGCAAGGGUGGUUGGGUGCCUCCCUCCUCGUUGUGGAUCAGUGAUCCCGAAGUGUAUCGGACGAUGCCCGAUAUUGCAGAGUAA